ACGCAAUAUUACGUCCUUGUGUUGUAUCGACUGUGAGCUGCUGGUGCUUCCGUUCGCACGUGGAAGUUGAUUUCCAAUUUUUCCCUCCUCAUGUUCAGCAGAUGCAGGGGGUUUUCUGGAAGACUUCUCCGUUCGGGCUCCAUCGCGCUCAGCCGUAGCGUCUCCUGCAGAACCGGCACGUGUUUCUCUAGUGCACAUCUUUCGACUUCACGUCGCUUGUCUUCCCAUCACCCCGUUCUCUCAGCGUCCGGUCCUCCCGUACUCGGGGCUGCUAGAGCGGUCCGUCUCCCGUCUGAUUCCGCCCGUCCUGCGGCUCACAUGGAUCUGAAGGGAGUGCUGGAGGUUCUGGAGCAGCUCGCUCCGCUGUCGCUGGCCGAAUCGUGGGAUAACGUGGGCCUGUUGGUGGAGCCCAGCGAACCCCGUCCAAUCGAAACGAUCCUGCUAACCAACGACCUGACCGCGGCCGUCAUGGACGAAGCGGUGGCGAUGAGCUGCGACCUCAUAGUGUCGUAUCACCCGCCGCUCUUUCGGCCUUUCAAGCGUCUGCUGCAGAAGGACUGGAAGCAGCGUCUGGCCGUCAGAGCGGUGGAGGCCGGCGUCGCCGUUUUCUCCCCGCACACUUCGUGGGACAGCGUCGAAGGCGGCGUUAACGACUGGCUGGUUGCAGGAAUGGGAAGUGGGAAAGUGUCGGUAUUAAAUCAAGCUCACUGUAGCGGCCCGCACAAACACAGGCUUGAGUUCUCCUGCAUGAAUGAUGAACAACUAAACCGUCUUUUGGAGCAGCUGAGACACAUUGACGCCGGUGAAACCUUUCAGUGCUCCACAGUGAGAAGUGAGAGUGGAGGGCAGCAGGUCAAUCUCACCUGUCUUAGUUCAGCACUGACCGCUGCUGCACAGAUUCUCCUGUCAGAUUCACACGCCAGCAGAUCCCUCAACAUCACACAGGUCCAGCAGCCUCCUCUGCUGGGUUGCGGUCAGGGGCGACUCAGUGUUCUGGAUGAGCCGGUGUCUGUUUCUACAGCCGUUCAGAGAAUGAAGACUCACUUGGGUUUGCCUCAUCUGAGACUGGCUCUGGGGGAGCAGCAGACAUUAGAGUCUCUGGUGAAGACGGUUGCAGUGUGUGCAGGAUCUGGAGCUUCUGUCAUACAGGGAGUGAAAGCAGACCUCUACAUCACCGGUGAGAUGUCCCAUCAUGAGGUUCUGGAUGCGGUUUCUGCGGGUACGAGUGUGAUUCUCAGUGACCACAGCAACAGCGAGAGAGGAUUCCUGACCGUAUUCAGACAGAGACUGACCGCGCGACUGGGCGACACGGUUACUGUAGCGAUCUCCCAACGAGACCGAGAUCCGCUGCAGGUGGUCUGAUCUCGCCCCGUCGCACACGUAGACUGAAUAUGUGGAUGUAUCGCAAAUAAUAUUCAUCAUCGGACCUUAAAGAGACAGUUCACCCAAAAAUGCAAAUUGUCAUCAUUUACUCACCCUCAAGUUAGUCCAAUCUGUAUGAAUUUCUUUCUUCUGUUGAACAUAAAAGAUAUUUUGAAGAGUGUUGUCACCAAACACUUUCUGGUCCCCAUUGACUCACAUUGUAUUAUUAUCUAUACUAUAGAAAUGAAUGAGGACCAGUGACUGAUUACCUACAUUCUUCUGAAUAUCUUUUCUGUUCAGCAGAGGAAAGAAACACAUGCAGGUUUGGAGCAACUUGAGGGGGAGUAAAUGAUGACAGAAUUCUCAUUUUUGGGUGAUCUGUCCCUUUAAGAUUGUAAAUGUAAAAGUAACAUUGACCUAUAUAAAAAAAGAAAAAUAAACUUUCCUAGAAAAA